GCAGAUGGGGGAGCUGUGAGAGAGUGGCUCUGCGGAGGGAGAGCGAAAUUCCCCGCCGCCGCCAACGACGCGGACGGGAAAUGACUUGGCGCGGCGCGAAGGGGGCCCGAGCGCAGGAACUGCGCUUGCAGCAGAGUGGUCUUUGGCUGGUUGGGUUGUCGUGGCAGGCGCCCGGCGAAUUCGGAGGCAAAGCAGCCCGCCAAAUAAUGGCAAUUCAAAAUGUCGAAUUCUCGGAGGAGUGUUGUGCAGAAGGUGCCUUCGUGCACAUGCUUUGGUGGCUCGGAUCGGAUGCGGGUCACUGUAAGGAAAUGGUAUUUCCUUAUUACACACUGCUAUAACGGAGUUGCCACGCAGCUCUUCCACUAAAUUCAAAUCGUAGUACCUAAAUGUGGCCUCCUGACGAGCCGCAUGCAAUUUGCCCGCCUUGUUGUUUCAUGCCUAGAUCUGGGCGAUUCGCGCCAAUUUACAAACCACACGUCGCAGCUCUGCCGAGCCACGACCGGGUGCUCUAGGCUAGCUAUAUCCAUGAUCCCUGUUGUUUUGAU